GACCGAGGAAGGCAUGCAAGUGUGUAUCAUGAUUCCUCGUUUUCUGGCUAAGUUCAACGCAGCACAUGUGAUAGGAUGAAGAUAAUGCAUGCAUACUACUGCAAAGUAUGACCAGCAUUUUUAAUCUCCUGAGCUACCUGUCAAACCACCGUUUUCACCAUGAAUUGGCACAGUUUCCCAAUGCUCAUGUGUUCCCUUUUGGUCGGCUUGUGUUCUUCGGCCGAUCCAAAUGAGGUCCACACUUCUAUCCUGGCCCAAAUUAGCCAUUAUGCUCGAAAUGGGACCCUGGAUAGUGAUUAUUGUGCCACCGCUGCCAAUCCGGGUUUGUGCCAAUCCGUGCAGGCUUGCUUCAACAUUUCCAAUCCUGAUGAUCCAUUUUUCGCCAUGUGUCAAUUGGUUGCCGCGAAAAAUGCCAAAGUUACGAAUGAGAGUGGGACCGUUUCCGCCAAACGACGGAAAUCCCCUCCUUCAUCAGCUUCGGUUUGGGGCUACGGGUUCUUGUGCGUGACCGUUAUCAGCCUUACCUCCGUUUUGGGCGUGGGGGUGUUGCCCUUCAUGUCCAAAUCGUUUUACAAGACGUUGCUCACGGUGCUGAUUGGAUUGGCGGUGGGAUCGCUUUCAGGAUCGGCCGUGUUCCACUUGAUCCCAUCGGCCUUUUCUCUCUCGGAAGUGACAUUCUUCCCCCAUCACAGUUACCUCAACAUAUCAUUGGUCAUCUUUGGCGGGAUUUACAUGUUUUUCAUCAUUGAGAGGAUCCUCAAGAUGAUCAUGGAGUACAAAAGCAGGAAAGAUGGUUACCGGUGCCACUCCCACAAACACGACGUGCAAGAAUUGCGCGUUAAUGGAGGGACAAACUCUACUUUAGAGACAGACCAGGAGGACACGAUGCCCCAUGGGGAGUCCAUGGAGCCGAUCCUUCGGAAAUCCAGUCAAGUGGUUGUGAUAGAAAGUACUUAUGAACCCGCAGUUUCUCGUGAGGGCGAAAUCCUCGAACCAACAGUGUGUAAUAAUCUACGUUCCACCAAUCGAGAGUUGUACAACGACUCCCAACAAGCCAUUCGGGCCAGUUUUGGACAUAUGGAUCGACCCGCUUCCAACAAUCGUCCCACCGUGGGGGAUGUGAAAUCACUCCAGCAAAAGACUCCCAUUGCCACGGUGGCUUGGAUGAUCAUUUUCGGUGAUGGAGUGCAUAACUUCAUUGAUGGCCUCUCCAUUGGUGCGGCCUUUUCCGAAUCAAUUCUUACGGGCAUGAGUGUGAGUUUGGCUGUGUUGUGCGAGGAGUUUCCCCAUGAACUCGGCGACUUUGCGGUACUCCUCAACUCUGGAAUGACCAUUAAACAGGCCCUGUGCUACAACUUUUUGUCAGCGUGCACGUGUUAUGUGGGGCUGAUCAUUGGGAUUUCCCUCGGCGAACUCCACGUGGGCAACGAGUAUAUCUUUGGAUUGGCGGGUGGUAUGUUUUUAUACAUUGCAUUGGUGGACAUGGUGCCGGAAAUGAAUGAGACCGCCGACAAGCAGACCGAAGUGAGUCUAUCCAGAGGAAGCGUUCCACGUUUCUUUCUCCAGAAUGUGGGGAUGCUGACCGGGAUUUUGAGCCUAUUUUUCCUGGCUAAAUAUCAAGAUGACAUGUACGUCGAUUGGUGAAUGACGGACAUUGCAAUGGGUGCAAUAUUAGUGAUAUAACCGUGACUUUGUUCUCUGUGAAUGGUUGAAAAACUGAGAGAAUAAAGCAAGGGAAAAAGUGGA